GCUUCCCUAAAAUGGAGCCACCUCCGUGUUUGCGCUGGUUCCUGGCUCCUGGGGCUCACCUCUGCCUGCCCAGGCUGUGGCUUUCCCUGGGAAUUGUGCCCAUGGCACAGGGAUGAGCCAAAUGGGUCUCAGAGAAGCCCAAAUGCCCCAGUUAGCCAAAACCUCUGCUAACGGUCUGGCUGAUUUUGAACCAGUGGCAGAGAGAAACUGCUUUGUAUCCAGUAAAAACCUGGUGAUGCUGGUGGGCGACUCCGGGGUUGGCAAGACCUGCCUGCUGGUGCGGUUCAAAGACGGCGCGUUCCUCGCCGGCAGCUUCAUCUCCACCGUGGGAAUCGACUUCAGGAACAAGGUGCUGACGGUGGAUGGGGUGAAGGUGAAGCUGCAGAUCUGGGACACGGCCGGGCAGGAGCGCUUCCGCAGCGUCACCCACGCCUACUACCGGGAUGCCCACGCUCUGCUCCUGCUCUACGAUGUCACCAACAAAGCGUCCUUUGACAACAUCCAGGCUUGGCUGACAGAGAUCCAUGAAUACGCACAGCAGGACGUGGUCCUCAUGUUACUGGGAAAUAAGGUGGAUUCAGCCCAGGACAGAGUGGUGAAAAGGGAAGAUGGAGAGAAACUUGCCAAGGAGUACGGGGUGCCCUUCAUGGAGACCAGCGCAAAAAGUGGCCUCAACGUGGAAUUAGCGUUCACAGCCAUUGCAAAGGAGCUGAAGCACAGGUCCAUGAAGUUGCCCAACGAGCCCAAAUUCAAGCUCCACGACUACGUGAAGAAGGAAGUGCGAGGCUCAGGCUGCUGCAGGUCCUAACGCUGUUUGUACAGAGACUGGCCGUGCCCUCCGUGCUCCCGUGGGCAGUGUGUGCAUGUCUGUCUGUCGUGUCUGUGUCUGCCCCCAAGGUGAGCUGCGCCGUGGGCCAUGGAAGCAGCAGCAGGAGGAGCUCUCUGGGAUGCUGCAGCCGCGUGCUGGGCGCUGCUGCCCAAGCCCCAGCCCAGCCAUGGGCGCUGAGAGCACUCGGCUCUGUCCCCCGGUGUUCCCGCCUGGCUCCCGGCCGGGAGCUUGGCUGUCUGGGAAGGGGCUGGGCUGGGGUCUCCUCCCAGGGCCAGCUGUGCCCGCUCUGUGAGGCUGCUGUUACCUUAGUGAGAGUCGUGCUGCGACGCAGGGGAACCAACACCUUCUCCCCAUCUGAAUUCCCCUUUCUUUCCCUGCAUCCCUGGAAUUCAGCCCCUGGCCUGGGGCGUGCGGGAAGGAUGUGUUUGAAGGCAAACAUUUUUGUAGUUGCUUUCUCCUGUCUGUGCAUCCCUGUGAAGUGGGACACACCUCCAGGGUGAGGGAUUCUCCUGUUCCCUGCAAACACAGAGCUUGGCUGUCUGUCUGGAUGAGCUCCUGCAUACCUGGCUGUGUACAGAGAUUCCUGAAUUAUCCCUUCAGGAAAGGCUUUGGUUCUCCUCCUUCCGCCGUUUCUAGUACUUUAAUUGAGAAGAAAUCUAAUGUAUUGCAGCUUAUUCUAAAUACCUUCCUGUAAGUGUGAUGGCGUUUUCAGAUGCAACAACGCUUUGAUAUCUUCAAAGUUCUCUUGGGCAGCUCUUUCUUUUCGCUGCAGAGAGCUGGGGGGAAGCUGCAGGCAGUGAUUUUACAGGCUGCAGACUCCUGCCAGCUCUCUUCAAGGGCCUCCUCACCCCUUUGGUCUGUGUCAGGCUUUUGGCUGUUUUUUUGUCAAGCUGCACUUCUAAGUACAAAUCUGAAUCUGGAUGAAGUGUUUGGCCUUUGGCAGUUUUUUCCUUUGGAAACUCCACUCGCACAUCAGCAGGUGCCUGCUGUGCUGAGCCUCGUGGGCCACUUCACAUGAAAGGAAGUAACCCAUCCAUUGCCCUCCAGCCACCACCAGCCCCCCCAGCAGCUGGCUCAGACAGCCCUGCCCCUCCUUUUGCUCGGAAUUUUGGCUCCAGCACCCCCUUCCUGAUGGGCACAAGGAGCCUCCAAGCUCCUCUGUGAGCUGCAACAACACAAGCAGCUACAGCUCCACAGGGUGAAAAAGGAUCCUGAAAUGAACCUACUGAGAACAGAGCAUUUUUUUUCCUAGUUUUUUUUUAGGGAGAGACAAGUCUCAAAAUUGUCUGAUUUAAAUUUUAAAGUAAUCUGCGGAAAACCCAUUCCUGCAGGAAUGUUUGGAUUCCUGGCAAACCCUGCUGCCAGCCCCUCAGGAGCAGGCAGGUGAGGGAUGGCUGUCAGGGCCCCCCAUUUCCCCCCUCAGCAUCCCACAGAUCCAAGGGAUGGCCAGCACUGGCACAGUGGCCAACACUCCCACUGGAGCAGCAGCAUCGGUCCAUUGCUCAGCGAGCCUUUCCCUAAAAUAACUGGAGCAACUCUCUUCACCUGAAAAGUGUCAUUACCUGCUGCAGGUGCUCUCAAGAUUUGUUUGCAGGUAGCAGAGCCCAGGGCAGGCUCUGAGAGGGGCUCAGGAAAGGAACUGUGUAGGAAUGUGUAGAACUCGCUGUUCCAGGUGCCCGGGUGAGCUUUGCUUUGCUCCCACUGCUGCUGUACUGAGGUGUCCCCAACGCUUCUUAGAAUCCCACCCUGGGCUCUGCAGCAUUCACUUGCUGCCUGAGGAAAAGAGUGGGAUUUCAGAGAGUCCCUGAGCUUGCUGGGUCCCAGGGAUUUGGUUUUGUGUGGGGCAGGAACAGCCAGGCAGCUCUGAGCCCUGAGCUGUGCCUCCCUCUGGUUCCUCAUCCUGCCCUGGGAGCAGCAGCAGCUCCAUCCCGAGGUGACAGGGAGUCUACCUAAAGGCAAAAUUUAGCAGCAGGAUUCCUAAUGAAUUAGAAUUACUGAUGGAUUAGCAUUCCUACCUUAGGCUGCUGCUUUCCCUCUCAGAUUGGCAUCUCACUUUCUGGGAGACAAAGCUGAGAACUGGUCACUCCCUGCUCACUGUGGGACUGAAACCAGUUAAAGACCACUAAUAGUGAAGAUGUAAAUGUUUCCCUUUGGAGCAUUUCCAACCCACCUGUGGGGAGCAAACUCUGCCAGAGCAGAGCCCUCACAGCCACGUUUGUGGUAUUAGACCCAAGCUUUGAGCAAACAGCCCCAUUUCUGCCAGUCACCAGUUCCCAAUGUAGGACUGGUCUCCCAGUGCCUGCACAGUGGCCUGACCCCAGAGCUCCUCCUCACGUGGCCAUUUGGGAUUUUUCCACGGGCCUCUGCUGCCACCACGCGAUGCUGCAGGAAUUGCUCAGUGCAGCAUUAAUUGUUUGCAGCAUUAAUUGCUCGGUGCAUCCAAUGUCACCCGCAGCUCUCGUUUCUGCUGGCUCGUUUACAGCUUUUGGUUCAUUCCUGUUAAUAAAAUUUUUUAUAAUCUCCGUG